AUGUCUAAGGGGCCUAACUCUGAGAUCCCUGGAAAUAUUAACCCGUCUAUAUCCACAAUCCAAGGUCAGAUUUCAUUUCCCUUUAGUCUUAGAAGAACAGAAUAUCUCUUUAAUUGAAGGGAACGUUCUCGACGCUGUGACUUUAUAUACCCCCAUAUAGACUGGUAUGGUCGUAUAGGAGUGUGUAAACGCCAAGAACAGGAUAGUGACCACACUCUACUUCACAGUAAAUACGGCCGCACUCUAUUUCACAGUAAAUACGGCCGCACUCUCCUUCACAAUAAAUACGGCCGCACUCUCCGUCACAGUAAAUACGGCCGCACUCUCCUUCACAGUAAAUACGGCCGCACUCUACUUCACAGCAAAUACGGCCGCACUCUACUUCACAGUAAAUAGGGCCGGACUCUCCUUCACAGCAAAUACAGCCACACUCUACUUCACAGUAAAUAAGGUCGCACUCUACUUCACAGUAAAUAAGGUCGCACUCUCCUUCACAGCAAAUACAGCCACACUCUACUUCACAGUAAAUAAGGUCGCACUCUACUUCACAGUAAAUACGCCCACACUCUACUUCACAGUAAAUACAGCCGCACUCUACUUCACAGUAAAUACGGCCGUACUCUACUUCACAGUAAAUACGGCCGCACUCUACUUCACAGCAAAUACGGCCGUACUCUACUUCACAGUAAAUACAGCCGCACUCUACUUCACAGUAAAUACGGCCGUACUCUACUUCACAGUAAAUACGGCCGCACUCUACUUCACAGCAAAUACGGCCGCACUCUACUUCACUGUAAAUACGGCCGUACUCUACUUCACAGUAAAUACGGCCGCACUCUACUUCACAGUAAAUACGGCCGCACUCUACUUCACAGCAAAUACGGCCGUACUCUACUUCACUGUAAAUACGUCCGCAAUCUCCUUCACAGUAAAUACGGCCGCACUCUCCUUCACAGUAAAUACGUCCGCACUCUACUUCACAGUAAAUAAGGCCGCACUCUACUUCACAGCAAAUACGGCCGUACUCUACUUCACAGCAAAUACGGCCGCACUCUCCUUCCCAGUAAAUACCGCCGCACUCUACUUCACAGUAAAUACGGCCGCACUCUACUUCACUGUAAAUACGGCCGUACUCUACUUCACAGUAAAUACAGCCGCACUCUACUUCACAGUAAAUACGGCCGCACUCUACUUCACUGUAAAUACGGCCGUACUCUACUUCACAGUAAAUACGGCCGCACUCUACUUCACAGUAAAUACGGCCGCACUCUACUUCACAGCAAAUACGGCCGUACUCUACUUCACAGUAAAUAAGGCCGCACUCUACUUCACAGUAAAUACGCCCACACUUUCGUCACAGUAA